CACCCCUCGAGGCCACGAUGUUUGGUUGCACACGAGCUGCAGUUUCAGUUUGUUUUAUUCACCAUUUUGAGUAGCUGAGGGUAAAAAAAAUAAUUUAAAUAACAUUUGCGUUCGGCGGACGAGACGCCCCCGUAGUUUUAUUUUCACGCGCUAGCUCGGUCGGCGGAGUUGUGCGCCAAGCUCGCUCCCGUCGGUGUUUUGCAGAGCGGGAACCAAUAUAUAUAUUCUUUGCCCGUGCUGCUUCUCCUCCCCCCUUCUUUCUUACACCCCUAACCUCUACAGUAUUCCUGCAAAAUGUCAAGACCAGUGAGGAACAGGAAAGUGGUGAACUACUCACAAUUCAACGAGUCUGAUGAUGCAGAUGAAGAGUAUGGCGAGAAUAAGCCCAAGAAGGUGCGUGCACCCCCUCGUGAGCCCAAGCACAAGCGCUCAAAGAACUCUCAGGAGGACAGUGAGGAGUCUGAUGAGAAGCUCACCAAACCCAAAAAUGAAUCAGCCGACGAUUUUGGCAGCGAUGAGGAGGACAACGACUUUGGAGAGGAGGAGGAGGAGGAGGAAGAAGACGGUGGAAGUGACUACGAAGAAAAGAAAGGGAAAAAGGCAAAGAAAGCCAAGGUGGAGAAGCCCGCCAAGAGAGGGCCGAAGAGAAAACGGCCUGCAGAUGACAGUGACGACGAGAAGGAAGUGAGUCGAAAGCGCACAGUGCGCCAGGCGGCCUCCAAGGCCGUGUCCAAACAGAGAGAGAUCCUGCUGGGCGACGGAGGCAGCGAGGACGAGGAGCACGAAGACCAAGAGGAGCCCUACAACGACCCUGACGAGUCCGGCAGCGACGAAGACUUCACGGUGGAGGACGACGACGACAGCGACUACGGCCGCUCCAAGAAGAGGGGCAAGAAGGUGAUCCGACGGGGGCGACCGGACAAGAAAGAGAAGAAAAGCCCCAAGCCCCGACUAAAGGCCACAGUGACGCCCAGCCCAAUGAAGGGGAAGGGGAAGGGGCGCUCUAGCGCCAAGGCCCCGGAGAAGAGCUCGCCCAAAGAAGAGGAAGAGGAGGACCCCGAGAGUCCCCUAGAGGAGGAGGAAGAGGAGGCGGCGGCAGAGAAGAAGGAGACCUCCCCCGCCCCCAAGACGACGAAGGAGGCCGCGGGCGGAGACGAGGAGGAGGAGGACGAAGAGGAGGAGGACGGCUCAGAAGAGGAGGCGCCCUCUGGAGAAGACUAGAGGAUGGAACCCGCUGAAGCCCAUCCUCCACGUCUCUUCUCAAACCUUUUUGCUUUCUUCCGUUGCUCUGCGUUUAGAAUAUCUCUCGUUUUGUUUUCCUCUCCUGGUGGCCUGGCUCAAUGGUUUGGACUUGGUGUGCUCACCCCCCUCCCCCUCCCGGUUUUUGCUCCCCUCCAACCAAAACAUUGUGCUGAGUAAUCACAUGGUGUAGGUAAGGAGACACACACCCCCCCUCCCCCUCCCCGUUUUCAUUCACAUUCUGCAUUCUUCCCCCACAGCUCAGUGCUGGUGAGCAUCCGUCCUGAGUGAACAAAACCACUUCCCUUCUCGUUUGUUUGUUUUCUCUGUGUACUGUACUGAGGAGUGUGACCACCGGGGGUGUCGCCCGGGGGGCUCUCAGUAUCCCACGAGCGAAGCUUUAAGCCUUUUACCUCUCUUUGGUACCGUGUGCUUUUUAAACCAGGAGCCCGUUGGAACGCGUUGGCUCCAAGGUUAUUUUAAAACCGGUUCUUUUCCGUUUAACUUUAAUUAAAGUUCCGAGGUCCCCGCUCGUCCGCAGCCUUCUUGGUGCUGAGCUGUCGUUGUGCCGCUGCCUCGUGCAUAUGUUGGAACCGUUUGCCGGCGUGCUGUGUGGCCUGGCGGACUGGCGAGCCACCACCAUCGCACGUUUCCAGCCGGAAUGUGUGUGUUUUUAUGUACUUGUAUUAUGAAUUUGUAUGCUUGUAAAGAGGGUCUGGCUUUGUUUUUAUUUUCUCUCUGGGCACAUCUGCUGCCUGCGUUAAACCAUUUCAGAUGCUGUAUGUCAGGCUUUCUUAACAACGCGCCAUUUCUACGUGAAGCAACACCCCCCCCCCCACCUCAGAAACACACGGCCCCCCCCUACCUCCCUGCAUGGUUACAGCAUCUUCUCAGCAUUCAACCCCUUGUGCCAGGCACCCCUAAAUCUUUUUUUAUUUUGAAGAAAUGCAGGAAGAGAUGUUUCUUUGGUUUCCUUUUUUUGUUUUGUUUUUGAGAGCUCGAGGAAAAAAAAUGAAUGUUUUUUUUCCUGUCAGUUCAUUGUUUUAAUUCUCUAUUCAGAUUUUUUUUGUAAUGUUUGUUUUUUAAGAAAAAUAAAAUGUAUCUUGAUUUUAAAGAAAAAAAGUUGACCAUAUGUAAUCUGUUCUGCCUUUUAUUUACCAUGGUCCGUUAAGCCCCCCCCCCCUCUCCCCGCAACACAGAAAUCCAGCAGGCAGCUGAGCCUCCGGUUGUCGAUGUGUAACUUGGUUUUCAUUGGGUUCAGCGUACGGUAUGUGGCUCCGCAGCAACUCUGAUAAGCACCACCCAAAGCCAUAAACGAUCUCAAAACUAGUGACUCGGUGAUCAGGUGCACAACUCGUGACUAUGUCCCUUUUUUCUAUUUAUGUUUUUGAUAAAUACUUUUUUGAAGUCCAAAAAUAAAGAAGAAAAAAAAAAAGACAAAGCUGCUAUUGUGACCGUGGAACUUCUUAUAUGCAUUAUUUAGUAGAAACUCACGAUUCGUCCUUUGGCUGCAAAUCCAUCCUGCGUGUGCACCAUGAUGCAGAAGCACAUUUGAUUCUUCUACAACUGUCCUUAGCAGCUUAGUGGGUUUUUCUACGUCCAGGUCCUGAACUGCCACCAAAUCCAUGAUGUCAAUUUAAUAUGAUUGGAAAUGAAUUAGAAAUAGUGUACAGCUCAGGGAGCUCUGUUGGAGUAGUAUGAGAUACCGGCCUGCAGGUGGCGGCGCUGAGGUCUUCAAAGAGGUUCCUCUCCAUCAUCCCACAGGAGGCACAUGGCACAAGGCUGUGAAUUUCUCCUUCAUCUGUUCAAAGAAUUCUGUUUUUGAUGUGUUUUUUUUAAUCUUCUACCUUCCGUUGUACUGGCAAUGUUAAUGUAAGUCAAGUUGUGAUUGUUACACUAGACCAAGAGGAGAAGCGAGGAGAUGAACGCUAAUAUUUUGCAUGUUGUGGGAAGAAAGUGCUACGCGAUGAUGAUGCCGGUCUUGGCAAUAUUUUCGUCUUACAAAAAAGAAACCGCGUAUUACCAACAACAAUGUCGAUGUCUUGGUUUUCCAGCUUCUAAUAAAGGCAACUUACUUUUUA